AUGAUCAUCCCUGUUCGUUGUUUCUCCUGCGGAAAGGUCAUCGGAAACAAAUGGGACCACUACCUGUCCCUCUUGCAGUCCGACUACAGCGAAGGUGAUGCCCUUGACGCCCUUGGACUCAAGAGAUAUUGUUGCCGCCGUAUGGUCUUGACACACGUUGAUUUGAUCGAGAAGCUGUUGCACUAUAAUCCCUUGGAGCGCAGUGUGGAUUUGAAGCGAUAA